UCCACAAGCUCCUCCCUGCCUCCAGGCCUUUGAUCCUGCUGUUCUCUGCCUGGUGCACCAUCUCCUGUCUCUUCACAUGGUUGGUGUCUACUCAUCCUUCGCACCUCUGCUUCUGAGCCUCCUCAUUAUUUCUUCCAGAUAACGUGUCACAUCUGAACUCUUUAUUUACUUGUCUGUCAUCUAUCACACCCAGGAGACUGAGCCCAAAAAGGGAGAGCAGGCAUUGUGUCCCUAUCAUGCUCAGUCAUUACCCAGUGAAUGGAUCCUCCCAGGGUUAUUGCAGAAAUGAAGUGAAAUGGUGUGAAAUUGCUCAGGCCUGUAGCAGACACAUGUAGGUGCUCAUCGAGCCAAGAGUGCAGGGAGGAUUCGGGGUGGGAACAGGGAGCUACUUGGUAAGGAAAUGCAUUUGGAAUCUUCCAACCAGGGGAAAUGCCUUGGGGACCCUCCAGGCUGGGAGUAAGGAGCUGCAGGUCCCCCGUCAGCCCUGUGAGGGGCCUUGACAGUGUCUGCUGGGCGGAUCACGCCCCUCCUGACCCAGCUCCUCCCUCCCAGGAGCCCAGUGAUGCUGCCCAGGCUGUGAACAGGGAAGGCGGCACUGUGGGGGCUGCCGGCAGCCGAGGCAGGGGAGAGACAUGUGGACACGUGGUCUCUAUGGCUCCCGCCUGCCAGAUCCUCCGCUGGGCCCUCGCCCUGGGGCUGGGCCUCACAUUCGAGGUCACACACGCCUUCCGGUCUCAAGAUGAGUUCCUGUCCAGCCUGGAGAACUAUGAGAUCGCCUUCCCCACCCGAGUGGAUGACAACGGGGCACUGCUGGCCUUCUCGCCCCCUGCCUCCCGGAGGCAGCGUCGGGGCACAGGGCCUGCAGCAGAGUCCCGUCUCUUCUACAAGGUGGCUGCACCCAGCACCCACUUCCUGCUGAACCUGACCCACAGCUCGCGCCUUCUAGCAGGACAUGUCUCUGUGGAGUACUGGACACGGGAGGGCCUGGCUUGGCAGAGGGCUGCCCGGCCCCACUGCCUCUAUGCUGGCCACCUGCAGGGCCAGGCUGACAGCUCUCAUGUGGCCAUCAGCACCUGUGGGGGCCUGCAUGGCCUGAUUGUGGCAGAUGAGGAAGAAUACUUGAUUGAGCCUCUACAAAGUGGAACCAAAAGGGGCCAGGGCCCGGAGGAGAGUGGCCCCCAUGUGGUGUACAAGCGUUCCUCCCUGCGUCACCCCCACCUGGACACAGCCUGUGGAGUGAGAGAUGAGAAACCGUGGAAGGGGCGGCCAUGGUGGCUGCGCACCCUGAAGCCGCCACCUGCCAGGCCCCUGGGCAAUGAAACAGAGCGCAGCCAGCUGGGUCUGAAGCGCUCCGUCAGCCGAGAGCGCUACGUGGAGACCCUGGUCGUGGCUGACAAGAUGAUGGUGGCCUACCACGGGCGCCGAGAUGUGGAACAGUACGUGCUAGCCAUUAUGAACAUUGUUGCCAAACUUUUCCAAGACUCGAGUCUGGGAAACAUCGUUAAUAUCCUGGUAACACGGCUCAUCCUGCUCACAGAGGACCAGCCCACUUUGGAGAUCACCCACCAUGCCGGGAAGUCACUGGACAGCUUCUGUAAGUGGCAGAAAUCCAUUGUGAACCAUAGCGGCCAUGGCAACGCCAUUCCAGAGAACGGUGUGGCCAACCAUGACACAGCAGUGCUCAUCACGCGCUAUGACAUCUGCAUCUACAAGAACAAACCCUGCGGCACACUAGGUCUGGCCCCUGUGGGAGGGAUGUGUGAGCGCGAGAGAAGUUGCAGCAUCAAUGAGGAUAUUGGCCUGGCCACGGCGUUCACCAUUGCCCAUGAGAUCGGACACACGUUUGGCAUGAACCACGACGGCGUAGGGAACAGCUGCGGGGCCCGGGGCCAGGACCCAGCGAAGCUCAUGGCUGCCCACAUUACCAUGAAGACCAACCCAUUUGUGUGGUCAUCCUGCAGCCGCGACUACAUCACCAGCUUCCUGGACUCAGGUCUGGGGCUCUGCCUGAACAACCGGCCCCCCAGACAGGACUUCGUGUACCCAACCGUGGCGCCCGGCCAGGCCUACGAUGCCGAUGAGCAGUGCCGCUUCCAGCAUGGAGUCAAAUCGCGUCAGUGUAAAUACGGGGAGGUCUGCAGCGAGCUGUGGUGUCUGAGCAAGAGCAACCGGUGCAUCACCAACAGCAUCCCGGCCGCAGAGGGCACGCUGUGCCAGACACACACCAUCGACAAGGGGUGGUGCUACAAGCGGGUGUGCGUCCCCUUCGGGUCACGACCUGAGGGCGUGGAUGGGGCUUGGGGCCCGUGGACCCCGUGGGGAGACUGCAGCCGGACUUGCGGGGGUGGCGUGUCCUCCUCCAGCCGUCACUGCGACAGCCCCAGGCCAACCAUCGGGGGCAAGUACUGCCUGGGCGAGAGACGGCGGCAUCGCUCUUGCAACACUGAUGACUGUCCCCCUGGCUCCCAGGACUUUAGAGAAAUGCAGUGCUCUGAAUUUGACAGCGUCCCCUUCCGUGGAAAAUUCUACACGUGGAAAACAUACCGAGGAGGGGGCGUGAAGGCCUGCUCGCUCACCUGCCUAGCAGAAGGUUUCAACUUCUACACGGAGAGGGCAGCAGCCGUGGUGGACGGGACACCUUGCCGCCCAGACACGGUGGACAUUUGUGUCAGCGGCGAGUGCAAGCACGUGGGCUGCGACCGGGUCCUGGGCUCCGACCUGCGGGAGGACAAGUGCCGAGUGUGUGGGGGUGAUGGCAGUGCCUGCGAAACCAUUGAGGGGGUCUUCAGCCCGGCCUUGCCUGGGGCUGGGUACGAGGAAGUCGUCUGGAUCCCCAAAGGCUCCAUCCACAUUUUCAUCCAGGACCUGAACCUCUCCCUCAGUCACUUGGCCCUGAAGGGGGACCAGGAGUCCCUGCUGCUGGAGGGGAUGCCCAGGACCCCUCAGCCCCACCGCCUGUCCCUGGCUGGGACCACCUUUCAGCUGCGACCUGGGCCAAAUCAGACACAGAGUCUAGAAGCCCUGGGACCCAUCAAUGCUUCUCUCAUCAUCAUGGUGCUGGCCAGGACGGAGCUGCCUGCCCUUCGCUACCGAUUCAAUGCCCCCAUCAUCCGUGAUGCACUGCCCCCCUACUCCUGGCACUACUCACCUUGGACCAAGUGCUCUGCCCAAUGUGCCGGUGGCAGCCAGGUGCAGGCCGUGGAAUGCCGCAACCAGCUGGACAGCUCAGCCGUGGCCCCCCACCACUGCAGCGCCCAGAGCAAGCUUCCCAAGAGGCAGCGGGCCUGCAACACCGAGCCCUGCCCACCCGACUGGGUUGUGGGGAACUGGUCGCGCUGCAGCCGCAGCUGUGACGCCGGCGUGCGCACCCUAGCGGACCCCCCUCGACUGGUCCGAGAUGAGCCGGCCUCCUCACCAUCCAGGGACCGGCAGCACCUCUCGGCUCCCUGUGCGGCGGGGAAGGGCGGGUGUGCAGAGGCCCUGCGCCCCCCAGCCACGCAGCAGUGCGAGGCCAAGUGCGACAGCGCGCCCCCCGGGGACAGCCCGGAAGAGUGCAAGGAUGUGAACAAGGUCGCCUACUGCCCCCUAGUGCUCAAAUUUCAGUUCUGCAGCCGAGCCUACUUCCGCCAGAUGUGCUGCAAAACCUGCCAUGGCCGCUAGGGGACAAGCAGCCCCUGAGCCACAGCUGAGCGCCAGCUUGGGGGUGGAGGGGACCGGCUGCAGCUGGCCAGUCUGAAGGAGCCCGCCAGGGCAGGAGCUGGGAGUGAAGGGUGAGAUGAAGCGGAAAUUAUUUAUUGGAAACCCAUGCAGGGCCCUGGCUGGGAGAUGGAGAGGGGCUGGCCAUCCCCAGGGCCCCUCCUCAGCUCCUUUCCCAGUUCACAGUGAGACCCCCUCCGGGUGGGUUGAGAAGAGAACGACUGUUUGACUUAGCGCUCUUUCCACCCACCCCUAGGGAGCCCCCUAAAAUCCCCCACCUUUGGUUGGAAUACAUACUGUGAAGAGUGGGGGUGGGGGAGGGGGUCAGCCAGUGCCCUGAUCCCCAACACUGCCCUUUCCCUCCACUCUGGGCUGGAGGGGGUCUCUGUCCACCAUGGGGAAAGGGAAUUAGCACGACUUCCUAGCACCCUCCCCUUGACAACACCAGCUACAGGGGUGGGUAAGAGGUGCCCGGUUGCUCACCCCCAUCAUGGUGCUACAGGCCCUGCCCUGGGGCCCGCACACCCCUUGCCAGGAAGUGCUACAUCAAUAAAGUUCUGUCUUGUGUAGA